AUGUGCAGGAAUUCAAGACUCGAGUGGCUCGUUCUGCUAAACAUCCUGGCCGCAACACUUGCUACCUGGACUCUGGUCACAGAAGAUACCGGCCCAUCUCCACGGUCUGUGCAUGCGGCAGCUUGGGACAGCAGCAGUCAGCGUUUCUGGAUUCAUGGCGGUAGUGGAGAAGCAUUCCUGAACGAUCUGUGGACCUUUGAUCUCAGAAGCAAUUCCUGGAACUUGCUUCCUGACAAUGGUAGGACGCCUUCCGGUCGGGAAGAUCACGUAGCCGUUUGGGAUCCUGGCGGGCAAGCCCUUUGGGUUCAUGGUGGGUUUGAUGGCACCAACUUCCUCAGAGACGUCUGGAAGUAUUCGGGCAACAGCUGGUCUCUAGUGGCAGACAGCUCCUCGUAUGGCCCUGGUGCCCGGGCUGAUCACGUGGCGGUGUGGGAUGCAAGCAGCUUUGCCCUUUGGAUUCAUGGAGGAUACGAUGGAGUUUUGCAUGAUGACUUGUGGAAGUUCGACUCGCAAGCAGGCAGCUGGAUUUCCAUCUCCAUCAGCAAGGUGCCUUCUGCAAGAGCAUACCAUGUUGCUGCCUGGGACGAAGCAAAUUCGGACAUUUGGAUUCAUGGUGGCUUUGAUGGCGGCCUUUGCAGAGAUAUCUGGAAGUUUGACACAACGGCCUUUAGCUGGAGCCAAGUGUCAGCUGAUGAUGGUCCCUCUGCCAGAGCUUAUCACGUAGGUGCCUGGGACCCCUCUGGCCUUGCCCUUUGGAUUCAUGGUGGAUUUGACGGAAUAGCUCGGCGAGACGUCUGGAGGCUCAACACCUUGACUUCCAGAUGGGAAUUGCUGCACGACAGCAGUGGACCCAUCCGUCGUUACAACCAUGUUGCGGGCUUUGAUGCAAGAAGUCAGUCCUUCUGGAUCCAUGGUGGUUAUGAGGGCAGCACGCUACAGGAUUUGUGGCGGUUUGACAUCACGACAACAACAACGAGCAUAACGAGCAGCUCUUCCACAUGGACCACCGUCACCCUCAGUACCAGUUCCACUACCUUCACCACAUCCAGAAGCAGCACCUCAAGAACCACAUCCAGCACAAGCAGCAGCACAAGAACGAGUUCCAGCUCAAGCACCACCACACUCACAACAACCAGCUUCUCCAGUACAACCACCACCUCUUCAACCAAGACCGCAACGACAAGCAGCUCUAGCACACACAGCAGCUCCCUUACAUCGAGUACCACUAGCUCCACCCACACCAGUAGUACCAGCACUGUGAGUAGCUCUAGCACCACUACAACUUCCAGAAGCUCAACAGUCUCAAGCUCAACCAACACCACCAGGACAACGAGCACGUCCACCACGAACACGACCAUGUCUACCAGUCUUUCAAGCACUUUUACCACCUCCAGCCUCACCUUCAGCAGCUCUACCAGCAGUACUCUCACAAGAACCUCGCGCACCAACACGUCCACAACUGUCACAAUCUCCAGCUCAACGUCCAGCACAGUGACCGUUUCGACAUCCACCAGCAGCUCAAUAACGAGGAGCUCUGUAACCAGCAGCUCUGCAACACAGACACGAACCAGCACCAGCUCCUCAACAAGAACUUUGACAACCUCAACCAGCAGCACUGCGACCACAACGACCACCACACCCGAAGAUUUGACAGCAAUGCUGGUGCUUUGUCCGACUCUUGGAGUUGUAACUCUUGGAGUUUUGGCUGCAAUGGCUUGUUGGGCAUACAAGCACUGCAGGUGCGAGCGAGUUCUCAUUGUGCCGGCGGGUGCACCACCCGCACCACCGCCCCAAUGGUGGCCACCUCCACCUCAUGCCCAUCAUCACGCACAUCCACAGUCCGGGUGGCUUCGGCCUCCAAAUCCGGCACCAACAGCCUCGCCUGCUCCACCAACAUUGACAUCGCGCCAGAACACGCAACUGCUAAGUGCACCACCCGAUCCUCAACCGGUGAAAGCACCGCCAAAUCCUCACCUUCAACCUCUUUUGCCAGACCUACAUGUGUUUGAGCCACUCACCAAUCCACCACUUGAGGUGAUCAUAAAGAUCGAAGCCAAUACGUUUCAAGAGGCUCCGCCUCAAGAUGUUGCUGCCAGUGACACCAAAACAUGUUCAGUGACAUUCCAACUGGCUCCAACAGCUUUGGUUGAAGGGCGAGUGGUACUGCCCCGAGUGCCAGGAGACACAAUGACAGCACCAGUCCUUCGUCUUGCUCCUCCAGGCGCAAGCAUCACGAGGCCAUUUUUGACGCUGCCAGCACAGCAACCGCAUCCAGCAGCUGGUCCACAACAAGAUAUCGCUCGCAGAAAGGGGGUGGCCUCAUCCAGAUUCGCGUUUGAAUUACCAGACUUGUGCAAGUGUCGGGGGAGAAUGAUGGAUGAGGCCUAUUGCAGUCCUGCAUCCCCAACCCCCCAAGUUGUGCAUGUCCCGCACAUUCUGUUGGGUCCCGCACCAAGCAUCUCAGCAAGGUUGACAUAUGAAGUACUCGCUGCUACUGAUGCUUUGCACCCACGGUGGCUGGGCGAAACAAUGGUGGCACCUGUCUUGGAAGUACCCAGAAGUGGCUCGCACACUGCGGGGGUUGCCACGGUGGUGCCGCCGAUACCAGAUGUACUUCCUCCAGAGUUCUUGUAUCGCAAGGAGGAGGUGGCCAUAUCCCCAACCCCAUCAACAGCCUGCUGUCUCAAUCACUUGUGUGCGAGGAAGCCAAGAUGUGUUGAACAAGCUGAUCAAAAUGUGUCAGAUUUGAUCGAGGUCUUAAGGUACCUGGAGCAAGGUUGUCCCAGGAUUCCCCCGUUCCCUUCAGAUGGUGGUUUGCCCAUGAUCAUGCCACACAGAUCCGCAUUUCCACCAAUGCGAAGACCACGACAUCCAUUUGCAACGCCACCAGCACCUGUGCUGGAAGCGCCCACCGCAAAUCCAGUGGUCAAAGCGCAGAAGGAGCGAGAACCUGAGGCUCCAGAGGUGGCGAGAACCUGGGCCUUCCGGAGGCGCAGGGCGCCUUUCAGACCAUGA